ACUUGCCGGGACAAAAUAAUUUCAAUUUUCUUAUGUGUUGCUGAAACAGUCACGUGAGAUCGAUCACCUGAAAAUAUAUUAUUAUUGAUUUAAAAAAAAUAAAUUUUAUUUCAAAGAUUUUUCUGAUUUAUAAACAGAAUGGAAAAAGCAAAAAUAUUAGAGAAGGUCGGCCAAUGCUGGAAUGACGUGAAUGUAAAUCCAGGCGGAGUUCAGCCAGAUGAUAAAGUCACAUUAUACAAACUAAAUAUACAGGAGAAGCCUCGGGGUGAAAUUGCAAAUUGGAAUGAGGUUGUUAAUGAUUAUAGUAAUAUAAUCAUCCUUAACAGAGGAAAUGAAACUGAAAUGAUGUGUCGAAACGAGAAUCUUCGGGAUGCUAUCGACGACGUGUGUGAGAUAAUUUCUCAAUGGUAUAGCCACUUUUUAUAUCAUUACAAUGUAAUAUUAUAUGAAGUUGAUCGAGUAAAUACAAUCAAAGAGUUAAUGGACAGGAGCGUCGAUCUAAAUACACGUGGAAGAAUUGAAAAAGUUUGCGAAUUUUUAGGUGGAAUAACUUUUAACGAAUUAAUUGCGAUUGGAUGUUAUAAAUUAAGGAGGAAUGAGAGAGUUCAUAAAAUGAAGUGGUCAACGCAAGAUAAUGCUUUGAACCGGUUGGACAUAGCAAGUAUUAAAAUGUCAAAAGAUUGCAAACAAGCAAUUGACAAAUGCAUAAAAAUCGUCUAUAAAACUUGAUACGGCGGAUCCAUGUAUUUAUACGCGUACAGUAAUACUUUAUUUAGAGAGACUUAAAAAAAUGUAUUUGUCACCCAAAUGCUACCAUGGUAAGGCAAAUUGUAGCAUAAUUUCUUGUGAGUUGUGACAUGCUUAUAGCGUAACCAUAUACAUAGUAAAAAAAAUUAUAUAUUUGCAAAAUAAAAUAUUAUAUAGAAAAGCUAUCGCUAAGAAAAAUUAUAUAAGUAACCUACAUUUAAAUCUUUCAUUAUAAUCUCACUUUUAUGAAAAAAAUAAAAUCAGGAUCUGAUAAAUUUUUCCGUGAGCAAAUCCUUAAGUUAGGUGAAGCCUCAAAAAAAAUCAUCCAAAUCAAUG